GGUCAGAGGGUCUCAGAGAUGGGAACACAUUAUAUAAACCGUUGGAGGAACACAGCCUCUCGCUUAGCUAACAACAACUCAACGAGUGACAUGGACAUCGCCCUCUUCUCACCGGCGUCGCUCUUUGCUGCAGACGGUGACUCCUCUGAUGGAGAGACGACGGAGACGAGCCAGAACUUCGUUGAGAGAAAUCAUCAGUUUCCUGGAAUUGAACUGCAAAUUCGGGAAUUUGGUUUCCACCAGCUGAAUGCAAACUUGCUGUGGCCAGGUACAUUUGCCUUUGCUGAUUGGUUACUGCAGCAUCGAUAUUUGAUCGAAAGGCGGCGCUGUCUCGAGAUAGGAAGUGGCACAGGGGCACUAGCUAUAUUUCUUAAGAAAGAGUUUAAUCUCGACAUAACUACUUCAGAUUACAAUGAUCAAGAGAUUGAAGACAAUAUUGUUCAUAACUGUAUUGCAAACAAGAUUAUCCCUUCUCUGCCUCAUAUCAAGCAUACAUGGGGUGAUGAAUUUCCAAUUUCGGAACCAGAUUGGGAUUUGAUCAUAGCCAGUGAUAUCCUUCUAUGUAAAUACCCAUUUCCCAUUCGAUUUAUCGGAAAACUAUACAUAUACAUUUUUACAUUCGGUUUUUCGCAGAUGUGAAACAGUACCCAAACUUGAUUAAGUCUCUGACUUUUCUUCUCAAAAAAUACAAACCAACCAAUGUCGUUAGUCCAGCAGAAGGAGCAGACACAGAACUGCCUCGUCCUGUGUUCUUAAUGAGCUGGAGACGAAGAAUUGGGAAAGACGAUGAGUCUCUAUUCUUUACGGGCUGCGAAGAAGCUGGCCUGGAGGUGAAGCAUCUCGGAAACCGAGUUUAUUGUAUCAAGCUUAGAGAAAGCAACCUCUGAAGAAUAGGCUGACAAACUCAUGAAUCAUCCACAUGCUCGCCUCUGAAACUAAAGGUUCUGUUUGUUUCUCUCGCUGCUUAUUUGGAUUUGCUUUUUCUGUCAAAAUUAAUGUGAAAUGAGAUAGUGUCGAUUCUUAACUAAUGUUUCCCUUAAUCAAUUGAAUUUGAUGGGUGGACGGAAAAAAAAACUGUAUUUCAUUUGUAGUAUAAUAUGUGGGGAAAUUAGUGAAGAAAAGAACAUAGAAUCAAUAUUGGCAUUUUCUUUCAAAA